AUGGCAAAGAGAAAAAAGAAAAAAAGACGUUUUUGGAUAAAAAAGGUUUAUAACGAGAGAAAGUUAAAGGGGGAAUAUCAAAUUCUUUUUAAUGAUUUAACACGUUAUGAUCAUGAGAUUUUUUUCAAAUAUUUUCGAAUGUCUCCUUCAACUUUUGAAAAACUUUUACAAAUUGUCGCGCUUGAUAUAACAAAAGCUAAUACGAAAAUGCGUAUACCUAUUUGUGCACAAGAAAGACUUGCUAUAACAGUACGGUAUUUGGCAACUGGGGAUGCGCACACUACAAUAGCUGCUAAUUAUCGAAUGUCACCAACCACUGUUGGUAGAAUAGUAUAUGAAACUUGUAAUGCUAUUUGGAACAACUUGUUAGGAGAAUACGUAAAAGCGCCUAAUUCUGAAACUGAGUGGGAAAAAAUUGCCAAAGAAUUUGAAACCAGAUGGCACUUUUCACAUUGUGUUGGUGCGAUUGAUGGUAAGCAUGUUCAAAUGUUUGCUCCAGCUAGAUCAGGAUCAAGCUAUUUUAACUAUAAAAAGACACAUAGUAUAGUAUUGAUGGCUGUCUCUGAUGCGAAGUACCGUUUUAUUUUGGUAAAUAUUGGUGAUAGUGGCAGACAAAGUGAUGGAAGUGUUUACAACAAUAGUCAAUUAGGAUUUGCCAUAGAGAACAACCUUUUAAAAAUUCCAAAAGAUUCAAAAAUAUCUAAUAAUUCUGAUAAAAUUAUGCCCUAUGCUUUCGUUGCAGAUGACGCAUUUGGAUUGAAAAGACACAUGAUGAAGCCCUAUGCUUUUAAAAAUCUUUUAACAGAUAAACUUAUUUUCAACUAUAGACUUAGUAGAGCGCGUAGAGUUGUUGAAAAUGCCUGUGAUAUUGCAUCAAGUAGAUUUCGUGUUUUGCAUAAACCAAUAAUAGCUAAUGUUGAAAAUGUUAUUGCAGUAACAAAGGCUGAUGGACCGAAUGGAUUAAAACUUGGUGAUUGGAGAAAAGAGGUGCCAAGUAUAAAUGGUUUAGUUUUUAUAAACAAUACCUCAAAUAACUACUCUGACACUGCAAAAAAAGUAAGGGACUCUUAUAAAGAAUUUUUUAAUCAAGAAGGUGCAGUAGAUUGA